AUUGUGAUUGACACGUCACAUUUGUCAGGUAUACGAGUGAAUACAUGUGUAUGUCAAUGAUGUCACUCAUGAUGGGCAUAGUAUACGAUAUUACACCGACAGAAAAAAAUAAGAACAGAAAAUGAACAUCUGAUGUUUAAAAUUCCCAAUCGUAAUGCGACAAUAUUGCUUGCGAAAUUCUCGUUUGUCGAAUUAAAGGGGCAGGAGAGAAUGGGCAUUGGAUUGAAACGUAAUUAUGACGCUUGUUCGACGGACGUGGCAGAAAUUGGGAAUGUUUCAGCCUUCUCAUGUCAUGUGCGCUGUCUGAAAAUUUGACCCGUAUCGCCGUUUAAUUAGCAGCGACAUAUCACCAAAAUACAUAUUUAUAUGCGCGAUCGAGACUACUCGUCGAAAAGUGAAGUGAACGACAUGUCGUUAAUCAAGACUUUGAGGAAAUGUACGUUCAGCCCACGGCUUUUCAAGAUCUACGAUGUAACAUGGAACGGUCAUAUAGUUGACAAAUCGUACGAGCCUAAGAAUUUGGAACGAUGGGGUAAUCGAAUUAUAGUUUCCGUAAGUACUUUACGUGAUUUUCGAUUAAGAUACUACUGGGGAUUUGCUCGAUAUUCAUCGUGACAUUUCUGCGCGAAUAUAAUCUCGAUACCCGCGGAGUUUGCUGCGAUGUGGUCCAUAAGCCUCUACACCAUACCGCUUGUCGCAACAUUUGCAUAUGAAUGUAGUUCUUCCUUGUUGGAUAAUGCUAUUUGUUUGAGUAAAUUAGCAGCUAGUGCUGGUGCAAUUUUUAUUGCCUCAUUGGUUGCACGUGGUUACUCCCGUGUUAAUAAUCCUGUAUAUAUGAAAUUUGCACAAAUAUUGGAUGAAGCUCAUUCACAAUAUAAUGAAAAAACAAAGCAGGAGCUUCAUAAGUAUGAUUUUGAAUUCUGGGCUUGGCCUGUGGACUUUGAUGUGUCCAAAUUACAAAGUGACAAAGCUGCAGACAAGUUAACAUUGGAGAAGAUUGGUAAAGCUAGCGGACGUCUGAGGCAACAAAGUGGCAAAGAGUUCCUCUUUGCUAUACCAUGUAAAUUAUUCUCUUAUGUGGUAGCACAUACUUUGGCCAUUACGAUGAUGUAUCCUGGUAGUUUAUCUAUCAUCAAUUGGGCAUUAGGUGCCACGUUACUGAAAGGUAGAAUGGACUUGAUAAAACAAGGUGGGGAAAGAUUCAAAUUGGUGACGUCUAACAAAAAUCAAAUUGAUGCAAUAUUCGUCGAUCGACGCAACAAAAGCGCUAAUGGCAGUGUACUAGUUAUAACUUGCGAAGGAAAUUGUGGUUUCUACGAAACUGGUAUUAUAUCUACUCCUCUGAACAAGGGUUAUUCAGUAUUAGGUUGGAAUCAUCCUGGUUUUGGUGGCAGUACUGGCGCACCAUAUCCAGACCAAGAAGAAAGUGCUAUCGAUUGCAUAAUGCGCUUCGCAAUCGAGCGUUUGGAGUUUCCCGAAAGGCAAAUUAUCCUGUACGGUUGGAGCAUUGGAGGAUACACCGCCACUUGGGCUGCAAUGAACUAUCCCUCUAUUCAGAGUUUGAUAUUAGAUGCUUCAUUUGACGAUGUACUUCCACUAGCUAUUAAAACAAUGCCCCCGUACUUCGAAGGUGUAGUCCGUAGUAUAAUCCGAGAUUAUUUCAAUCUAAAUAUAGCAGAGCAAUUAAAUAGGUAUAACGGGACUGUAUUAUUAGUAAGAAGAACAGAAGAUGAAGUAGUUUGUAUACCUAGUAACACUUUAGCGGGAAAUCGCGGUAAUAUGUUACUAACGAAAUUGCUUCUGAGACGUUAUCCGCAUUUAUUUUCGGACACAGCCGAAUCCGGUGCGCUUUUAACAAGAUUUUUAUCCGCCGUAGCUUCCGAGAGAAUAUCUUUAUUGGAAAAUUUACAAAUAGGAGAGAAAUCUUGCCUAAAAUUAAUAGCAGCUGAUUUACAAAACACUGAUGGGGUGAUAAAUUAUCCGUCUACUUUAGGACAAGACUGUAAUAUCAAUGAAAAAUUACAGUUGGUUCUUUAUCUUGCAACAAUAUAUAUGAAAGAUCAACCGUCAUCACAUUGUGCCCAAUUAAUUGUCGAUCUUUUUCAACCAGGCUGGGAUCCAGCAUCCGCGAUUACAACGAAAUAAGUUUUCGUGAUAUUUUAUUUUAUAAGUCACAAUUCUUUCAGAUUUUUAUUUAUAUGAUACAAUAACGCGAACAAAAACGAGAGCAGUAAUUAAUCCUUCAUAAUCGGAUGGCGAGUUACAUUCAUCAGAAUAUUUUUAACGUUCUGUUCGGACGAGCUGCAUCUGAUAGAUCCAUAAAUAGUUUAUACACUAAAAUUGUAUUACAAUUCAUCUGAUGAUUUGCUAUAAAAUAUUAAGAUGCAAGUAUAUAAAUUUAAUAGAAAACUUAUUAAUUUUAUUAUUAAAUAAAAACAGAUAAAUUUGUGAUAUGUACCGCCGUCGUGUAGUAUGUCUUGGAAUAAUUACAACCAAAAAUAUCCAUCUUGAUUAUAAAAGAUUAAUAUUUGCUAAGUGCAUUUCAUGUUGAGUUGUACCAGUAAGCAUUAUUUAUUCCACAAUAAUCUAUACUCUCAAUAUUACAAAUUAAUUAAAAAAUAUUUCAAUGAUCUCUCCCUCUCUCUUUCUCUCUGCACCUUCCACGUUUCAAGUAAGCCCGUGGAUACCUGUUUGAGUUCUUUACAUCAGUUACAAAUCAUACAUCAUCAACCACUAUUUUACAUGUAAAAUUUAUAUUUUACAUCCUUGUGUGUGUGUAUAUAUAUAUAUAUAUAUACAUACACAUACAUACAGUAUAUAUAUAUAUAACUUUACGAUUUUUAAUGUUUUCGUAGUACAAUAGAUGUAGCAAUACUUUUAUUAAGUUGAAAAUUAUAAAGUAAAAAUUUAAGACAAGUACACAUAUAAUGUAAGAUAAUAAAUGUAUUUCUCAUUUAAA